AUGGUUGGCAGUGGAGGUGUGGGCAAAUCAGCACUUACACUUCAGUUUAUGUAUGAUGAGGUAAGAUUUGUGAUCUAUGUGUACAUUUUCAAUUACAGUGGAGUGGACCAUUAUUGCAUCUGCACUUUGCUUCCUUAAUAUGAAAUAACUAAGCACAGCCGUAGAUUGGUUCAGAAACACAGGAAAAAAGCAUUAUUCUUCAAAACUGAAGUUUCUUCCUAAAAGAGCUAUAACCCCAUUAACUAUAGCAGGGCCAGUAAAACAGCUGAUUUUAUAUUGUUGAAUUCUUGCAUUUCUAGCUUAGUUCAGAGAUUAAGUUCCUCUUUCACAAAAACUUGGAGGUUCAAGUAGGCUGUUCUGCUCUUAUCUGUCUGAAGCACUCCAGAGAAUUUGUUGUGCUAUAUAUAAAUACUUUAUGAUAACAAUAGUACAUCAAAUGUCACUUAGAGCUGUGUGUGUUCUGUGGUUCCAUGCUUGUGCUGCAGAAGCACAGAAUCUGACAAUUGGGUUGGCGCCUCAAGAAAACUUCUAUCUAUAGAAAUGACCAGGGCAUUGUUUGAACAGUGUGAAAUCUCAGAAGCUGGGGUGGGAGCUUGCAGGGAAUGAUAUUGUCUUUUCCCAUCACAAAAAGAAACAUAAAUAUUUUUAAAAUGUUGUAUCUCUUUUUUCUGAGAAUCUCAUAUUCCAGCCCCACCCGUAUAAUCUCUUAAUGUCUUACUGCACAACUCUAAUUCCAUAGUGAAGGAAGCAUUUUUAUUUAGCAUUGUGUCCUGUGCUAUUUAGAGUCAAAACCGCAGCCUUAAAAUAGCACAACGAAAGAAAAUACUUUGUAUCCAAGAAGCAUGAUAAGAUUCGAUAGUUGGUUUCCAACAUAUUUUGCUAAGAGGACGUAUAAAUAGUAUCUUGUCUUUCGCUUGAGACCUACAUGUUGGUCACAGUUCAUGUGGGUUCUCAGAUGUUCAUAGAAUUGUAGAGUUGGAAGGACCCUGAGGGGCAUUUAGUCCAACCCCCUGCAAUGCAGGAAUCUCAGCUAAAGUAUGCUGGACUGUAGUUCUCAUAAUCCCCAGUCACCUUAGCCAGUAAUCAGGGAUGAUGGGAAUUGUAGUCUAAAAACAUCAGGGCACCCAAGGUUGAAGAACACAAAUAUAAGGUGGCUUAUAAGGUAAAAUAUUUUGCUACAUUGUUCCCAGAAGUCACUACUGAUAAUUUGAUAACCCAUCCAUAUUGGUCUUUGAUGUCUAGUCUUCUUGGCAUAUGGGCUGAAGGAAUCGUUAUUGGCAUAUGGGCUGAAGUUGACAAAAAUCAGGUAUCAGAAGCUGAGUAUGGGUACUCUACAGUUAAUUACUCCUUUUAUAACUCUUAGUUUGUUGAAGACUAUGAACCUACGAAGGCUGAUAGCUACAGAAAGAAAGUAGUUUUGGAUGGUGAGGAAGUACAAAUCGAUAUUUUGGAUACAGCUGGACAAGAAGAUUAUGCAGCUAUUCGAGACAAUUACUUCCGUAGUGGAGAGGGUUUUCUCCUAGUUUUCUCCAUAACUGAGCAUGAAUCCUUUACAGCAACAGCAGAGUUUAGGUAAGUAGUGAUCUCCAGGCAUUUUCUGUAUUUGUGUGCCAAAAAAGGAAUAUGGUCCAAUGAACUGAAUAAUAUGCCAAAGCGAACAUCAUUUUACAAGUGUAACUAAUAGUGAAAUUGAGGUGGUUACCUGGGUGGAAUUCAUUUGACCCAGGUAACACAGACGUUUUCUUAUUUUUUGCCACUGAAGGGUAAAAUAAUCUUUGCCCUGCCCUGCCUCCCAGGGACAACAUUUUAAGUGUUGAGCUUCACUUUCUUAAUAUUUUGUUCCUGCAGUUGGAACAGGAAAAUAGUGAGCACAUCUGAAGGUAUAAAGGCUACAAAUGAACAUUAGCAAUAUUUGUGUUAAGUAUAUUUAGAUGUUUCUUGGGGUGAAUGUUUGCAGCAGAAUCUUAGUUUUGGAAGGGACCUCAGAAGUCAUCCAGUCCAACCUCUGCCAAUGCAGGAAACACACUAUUACAGUAUCCCUGUUUGUUUGCUAUUGAGCCUUCUCUUAAAAACGUCUAAUGAAGAAAAUUACACCAAUUUUCAAGGAAGUCUGUUCCACUGUUGUAACAGCUUGUACCAUCAAUAGGUUAUUCCUAAUGUUUAGUUUUAUCCCUUUCAUUUAUCAUUUGAACCCAUUGGUUCAUGCCCUACUGUCUGGAGUGAACAAAAGCAAAUUUUCUUCAUCUCUGUGUGGCAGCUCUUUGUAUAGUUGAAGACGUCUAUCAUAACCUCUGGCUAAACUUAUCAAACUCCUUCAACUUUUCUUGGCCUUUGUCUCCAGGCCCACAUUAUCUCUGUCAACUUCCUUGAGACACAUUUCUUUUGUAGUUUUAGUCGAGCGAAGAAUUUUAAACCUCUAUUUAUUUCAGAAAUGCUCCCAUCAUUUCUUGGCAUGUGAAAUAAUAAAUUGUUGUACAUUUUCCAUAGUUUUAGACUACUGGGAAAUUGCUAUGAUAGCCACCUCAGUUGCUUUGUGUUUAAUAUUUUUUACUAGGGAGCAGAUCCUGCGUGUAAAAGCUGAAGAGGACAAGAUACCUUUACUUGUGGUGGGAAAUAAAUCUGACUUGGAAGACCGUCGGCAAGUGCCUGUAGAAGCGGCUAGAAGUAAAGCAGACGAGUGGGGAGUGCAAUAUGUAGAGACAUCAGCAAAAACCAGAGCAAAUGUAGAUAAGGUAAAGUACUAAGUUGGUUUUGGGCAGCAGCCUUCUAAAUGUGGUUACUGACUUGCAGUUGUGGAUAAAUACAAAGCAAGAAACUUCUGCCCUUUGAGGACUCCUUUUAUUAUGGAGAAUUUGAGGGGAGUUGUGUUUAAGAACUAUAGGGCUCUCAUUCGGAUAGCAAGGAAACUUGCUACUUUUAUGUGAGAAUACAGGAUUCCUGUCUUGGCUGCUGGUUUUCCUCUUAAAUUAUGCUCCGACUACAAAUUGUGUUAUGUGGCUGGGUUCAAUGAAUAUUAGUAUGACCAUGCUGAACACAUCUUGUAGUAUAUUCAUGGCAUAUAAUGACUUGGUAUGAGUUUAAUUGAGAAGCACUGGUUUCCUUGCAACCUUGCUAAAUGCCUUCCAAAGGUAACCUUCUCAGUUGCUCUUGAUCACCAAAACUUCUUUAAAAAGUGCAUUGGGGGUUAUUGCAAUAUAAUCUGUGCUUCAGAUCUCAUUUCCAAAAAUCUUGUCAGCAAAUUCAGAAGCUCACUAAGAUUGAAUCCCAAGUUCUUCAUCUUAAAUAUGUGUCAUUAAGCUUUAUGUUAGUAUGCAUAAAGGCUAGGUCUCCAUUUAAACUUUUCGUGUGUCCAUAGGAAAAUGUUCCUAUAGAAUUCUUCUAGAUUCCACCGUAAUCCAUGUAUUCUGCACUAAAUUUGGAUCUUUAUGCAAAAGUAAUAAAAAAGAGUGUUGAUUUACUAGUCAUUAAAACGCUUCAUUAUCGACAAAACGUAAUAUUCUGUAGAUACCUGUUGUAUCUAUUUCCAUUGUGUUCUUGUGUUUAGAUUUUAAAUCUCUCUAAAACAAUGGUAAAAAGGUCUAUUCCUGUGGUAAUUUUAACUUUUCGUAUAAAGCAAACAACAUAUUGUAUAUUAUUAUUAUAGGCUGAAUCACUGUAUGCUAAAAAAAAAUUCUGUUAUUAAUGUGCAGUUUUUCAUUUUAGGUAUUCUUUGAUCUAAUGAGAGAGAUUAGAGCCAAGAAGAUGUCGGAAAACAAAGACAAGAAUGGCAAGAAGAGCAGCAAGAACAAGAAGAGCUUUAAAGAAAGAUGCUGCUUAUUGUGA